ACAGCAAGUCAGCUGCUUGGAGGCUGAUGAUGUUUAUCCCUGAAUAAGCUUCAUGGCAGAAGUCGUCAGUUAUUACUGAUUUCUUUUUUUCGGUUGUUCUUAUCCUAGAAAUAAAAGAGCUGACUUGUUUUAUCGAGAACUGAAAAGUGCUGUUGUGCAGAGAUGAAGUCCGUAUUUCUUAUCGAGGCUAUUUCUCUGGCUUGUUUUGUUCUGCUCAGCCAAGUGUCAGCGAAGAAUUCUGAGGACAUUCGUUGUAAAUGCAUCUGUCCACCGUACAGAGACAUCGAGGGACAAAUCUACAAACAAAAUGUUUCCCUCAAAGACUGUAACUGCCUCCAUGUAGUAGAACCCAUGCCAGUUGAUGGAAAAGAUGUAGAGGCCUACUGUUUACGCUGUGAGUGUAAAUAUGAAGAGAGGAGCUCAGGGACUAUUAAGGUUACCAUCAUAAUGUACCUCUCUAUUUUGGGCCUGCUGCUGCUCUACAUGGUGUACCUGACUCUUCUGGAGCCCAUGUUGAAGAGGCGUUUGUUUGGACACUCACAGCUUAUCCAGAGUGACGAUGAUGUUGGGGACCAGCAGCCUUUUGCUAAUGCUCACAACGUUCUGUCCCGCUCUCACUCUCGACCCAACAUGCUGAACAAAGUGGAGCACGCUCAGCAGCGCUGGAGGAGGCAGGUCCAGGAACAGAGGAAGUCUGUGUUUGACCGCCAUGUUGUUCUCAGUUAAGCUUCUCUCUGCCCUGUGAUCCAACAGUUACUGAUGGUUGAGUAAAAAAACAAACAAAAAAACACUGUGAUGAAGCCCUAAAUUUAUACAUCACUUCGUUUUCUCAUCAGUGGUCUGAAUCUCAUUGUGUGAGGCUUCCAGGGUGAUCAGUUUGAAGAUGUGUGGUCCUCUGCAGGUGUAAAUUCAAAGCUGGGAACUCUUAUUUAGUCUGCAGGCAGCACAAGACAUAAUGAGUCAUUUUUGCACAAUAUUGACUGACCAGUCUUAAAUAGCAUUCCCUCAAGCUGAAUUUACUCUCUGUCUGAUUUAUAGCUCGCAGAAGUGCCAAGUCACUGGGAAAUUUAUAACAAUUAGAUGUUGGAGACUGCAGUAUAAAUGUGAGAUAAAAAUAAAUGAGUGAAUAUUUUAUGACAUCAUUUGACUUUUUCUGGCCACAAAUGGAGCCAUCAGUCCAAAGCUGACCAGUCUUUCAACAUAAAAGCCAAACUGGCUUUAAAAGCAAAACAUCCAGGUGUUUCCUGGAUAGCUGGACCUGCAGCUAGUGAAUCUUUAAUCACUUCAAAACUCAAAAAAUAAACUAUUGCUGUCACUAGAGGAGAAAAGACAAAGUGUAAAAUGUAAAUCUCUCAGCCGUCUUUGGAAAUGCAUGUUUUAUAACAAAAUAAAACCUUUUAUAAUUAUCUUUUCAGUCCUCCAUUCCUACCAUAACAUUUACUGUCUGGUGUGAAUAAAAAUCAUCCUGUGAAACAUUAAAUUUGAUAUCUGACCAUAUCUCCAUUGACCAUCAUCUCUUAAAUCGAUGCAAUUUCUUGGUGAUGUCAUUGUGAACGUAGCUGUGCUAUUGAUCCUCAUCUGACCUUUUCUGAAAUCUGUACUACCUUCAACUGCUGAAACAAAUCUAAUCAAUAGUCUGUGAUUUUCUAACAUCACUUCAUAAUGAACGUCCUUGUUGUCAUACGGGCAUCAUUAGAGGACAGCGUAGUGUUACUCUGAGUUUAUUUUGUGUAUAAUGGGACUGUGUGGAUGAAGAAGAAUCACUGUCAGCAGACCCAUGGAAGUGUUCUUAACUAUUGUACAUGUGAAACCUUUAACUUUGAAAUAAAUUUAUGUAAUAUU